AUAUAUAGUAUAUAGGAUCUUACUAACUGUAGUGCGCUCAGCUCCGCUCAAACCAAAAGACAUCCAAUCCCAUAGCAGAAAUAAAAAUGUCUCACCCCAAGCGCAAGCUCUUUGUUACCCUCUCUAUUCUCCCAUUCAUCGUUGGUGCUUUCCUAUUGCUCUCCUUGUGGACUCCCGUCUCCGGUUCUGAGCAUCAUACCCUCAUCCGAUCCUCAUGCAGCUCUACACUUUACCCCGACGUCUGCUUUUCUGCAAUCUCGUCCUCCUCAGUCCCAUCCUGGGAGAUGAAGACGCCGAAGGAUGUGAUAAGAGUGGCCCUAGAGCACACAGUCUUAUCAACGCAGCAUAACUACUUUAACAUCAAGAAGAAGCUCGCAUCCCGGGCCCUCCUAACGGUCCGUGAGAGGACCGCGCUUCAUGACUGCCUCAACAUGGUGGACCAAAGUCUUGACGAGCUCCGGGCCACCCUCCAUGACUUGCAGGACUAUCCCAACACCAAUAGGUCGAUCGCACAGUAUGCAGACGACCUGCAAACACUCCUCAGUGCAGCCAUGACCAAUCAGGAGUCGUGCCUGGAUGGGUUCUCACACGACCGGGGUGAUAAGAAGGUACGACAGUCCCUGCUGACCGGUCAGAUGCAUGUGUUCCGCAUGUGCAGUAACUCGCUCGCCAUGAUCAAGAACAUGACUGACACUGACAUGGCAGAGCGGAGGAGCAUACUAGAGAUCAAGGAACAUAAGUUACCUGGGAGAGAGCUGGGAGCAGAGGAGGAGGGCAACACAAGGGGGUGGCCAAAGUGGCUGUCGGCCGGGAACAGGAGGUUGCUUCAGGCCACAACAGUGACUCCGGACAUCACAGUAGCGGCUGACGGGAGCGGCAAUUACAGGACAGUGGCUGCAGCUGUGGCGGCUGCUCCGGAGGGAAGCACAAGGAGGUUUAUAAUAAGGAUCAAGGCGGGGGUGUACAGAGAGAAUGUGGAGAUUCCGAAGAAGAAGACCAACCUCAUGUUUGUUGGAGACGGGAGGACCACCACCAUUAUCACAGGCAGCAGAAACGUCGUCGACGGCAGCACAACCUUCAACUCUGCUACUGUCGCCGUAGUCGGGGACGGGUUCUUGGCAAGAGACAUCACUUUCCAGAACACCGCAGGGCCAUCGAAGCACCAAGCAGUUGCACUGCGUGUCAACGCGGAUUUGUGUGCUUUUUACCGGUGUGAUAUGCUCGCAUACCAGGACACACUCUACGUCCACUCCCUCCGUCAGUUCUAUGUUGGGUGCCUCAUCGCAGGCACGGUGGACUUCAUCUUUGGGAAUGCAGCUGCUGUGCUUCAAGAUUGCGAUAUCCAUGCCCGUCGACCCAACUCUGGCCAAAGGAACAUGGUCACUGCUCAGGGCCGCGAUGAUCCGAACCAAAACACAGGAAUAUCAAUACAGAAAUGCAGAAUUGGUGCGACCUCGGACCUGCUAGCGGUGAAAGGCAGCUUUGAGACAUACCUGGGACGACCUUGGAAGAUGUACUCGAGGACACUGGUAAUGCAGAGUGCGAUCAGUGACAUCAUCCACCCGGCGGGUUGGUACCCGUGGGAUGGCAAUUUUGCACUCGAUACACUCUACUAUGCAGAAUAUGCCAACACGGGUGCCGGGCCGAGUACUGCGAAUCGGGUGACCUGGAAGGGCUACAGGGGGGUCAUUACAGCUGCUGAGGCGCAGGCUUUCACUGCCUCUCAAUUUAUUGCCGGGGGCAGCUGGUUGGCCAACACAGGCUUCCCUUACUCUCUUGGCCUCUAAGUUUUUUUGCUUCAAUUAUAACUGGGCAAAAUCUUCUAUCUAAAAGGAUCUCUGAGGGUCCCUUCAAGGUUCUUAUUAUGAUCAUUUCGAUCUCUAAUAAUUAACCUUUUUCCGGUGAGUAUGCUGGCAAGAGGGUGUAAACUCUUGUUCGGAUUAUGUUUUUCCGACAAUAAUAUCAAUUCCAGACAUUUGAUUGGUUUUUUUUU